AUGGCCCACAGAGGCACCGAAGCCCCCAUGGACUUCCAAUACGACCAGCCCCGUGUCCCCGCCGACCCCAACUCACCCUUCGCACGCUUCACAGCACUCAAACGUACACACUCCGACCUCCGCUCCCCCACUCCCAAUCCACCCGUCCUGGCACCCCCCAACUCCGAGCGCUUCCUCUUCCCAAUCUCCACCACAACCCCGCGCAGCUCCGCCCUCGACAUGUCCGACUUCACCGACCCGGACAUCUUCACCCCCGCCACCACCCCCAAGCUCACCUUCCGCAGCGGCGGCGGCGGCGGCGGCGGCCACCACUCUCCCCCCCCGCGCGGGCGCUACCACGACGGCGCCAUCACCAAGCCCAAACGGCGCCCCCGUUCCACCUCCACCCCCAAACCCACGCACCACCGCCUCCCGCCCCCCGAUCUCGACUGGGACUCCGACAGCACCACCGCUCCCCCGCGCCCCGCGCGCUGGGCCGACAACCACCGCGACGUCCCCCUCAUCAUCUCGCAGUACGUGCAGCUCUUCUUCAACACCACCCUCGUGCUGCUCUUCCUGUACGCGCUGCUCAGCGCAUACGUCACCGUGCGCCGCGACGUGAGCGAGAAGCUCUCGCAGCACAGCGCGGACCUCGUCGCCGCGGCCAACACGUGUGCGCAGGAGUUCCUGAUCAACCGCUGCGCGCCCGGCAUCAGGGUCCCCGCGCUGCAGAAGGCGUGCGCAGAGUGGGAGCGCUGCAUGAACCGCGACCACACGCAGGUGGGCAAGGCGAGGCUCAGCGCGCAGACGUUUGCGGAGAUUGUGGAGAGCUUUGUGGAGCCGGUUAGCUAUCGGACUAUGACAUUCGCAGUAGUGAUAGGCUGCUGUGCGCUCUUCGUGCCGAAUUUUGCGCUGGGGCUGUAUCGCGCGCGGGCGGUGGGGCAUCCGGCGCCGGUGUUAGCGGCGGCCGCGCCGCCGAUUGCGGAGCGGUUGGAGUAUGCGAGGGUGGAGACGCCUGGGAGGAGGAGGAUGGUGGAGAUGGGGACACCGGGGAGGAGGGGGGAGACGCCAGGGAGGAGGAGGGGUAUGCUUUUUGAUGUGGAUUGGGGGAAGAGGGAUGAUGGGGAGGGAUUUGGGGGGAGGGGGAUGAUGAUUGAUGAUGAUGAUCGUAAUGUCGUGCUGACUGUUUUGUUGCCCUAG